AUGGAGAGCCGAACGCCCGCGUAUGGAGGGAGUCAGAAGGGUUCGGAAGGGACGCGUGACGUCCUAAGGAAGACUGAGAACUCUGCUCUGCGGAAAUUGGAUAAGAAGCAGACGACAAUCACCUCUUUCUUCUUGCGGAGGACCGCGCCGACUCCAAGCGAAUCCAAGUUGAGUGGAAGGUCUGAGAUCGCGCCCUUGCCCCCCCCGUCUUCAGCAGGCUCCUCGACCUCGCCGCCGCGUUCCGCGUCCUCCAUUUCUCCGUCUUCGUCGCCGUCUCCGUUUUCUUCGCCGUCGCCUUCCUCGCUGCAGGCGUCUUCUCUUCCUUCUGGCCGUUCCGCUCAGGCCCCCCCCGCGUCUCCUCGGCGGCGUGUGUGUCCUCCAAUAUCGUCCCGACGAGCUGUUUCGCCGUUUCCUUCUUCGGCAUCUUCCGCGUCCUCCGCACCGUCAUCUCUGCCUGCCUCUUCGUCACGAGUGCCGACUUCGUCUGCGCGCCUCUCUCCUGUUCCUUCGUCUGCGUCUCCGGUGCCCUCUGCGCCGACGGAGGCGCCUGCGCCCGCCGCGCGCGGCCGCGGAGACGCCGAGUGCAUGGCGGCGGCAGCCCUCUGCAUGGGGCGGAAGCGUUGCCUGAGGCCGGAGGAAGACGAGGAGAGUCACUCCGUGAAGCGCCGGACGCACACACCUGUUGGGGCCCGGGGAGUAGAUGGCAAACCGAGACACCCUGACGGCGAGCUCAAAGUCGACAGCAUUCGCCAAGCUGACGUGCCUGCCCCCGCGACAGCCAGAGACUCCGAGACGCGCACCAUGAGAUUCGAAACGCGCGGAGCCUUGGCGCGCUCCAAGACGUCCUCCGCGUCGCGCGCGUGCCUCUCAGCCGCCGCUUCGUCGGCGGCCGCGUCGACCUCCUCAGGACCCUCUUCCUCCUCCUCUACUGCGCGGCCUGCACCAGACACUCCGUCUUUGUCUCCCGUGUCCUUGCCGAGUCACUUUGGGCUGGCGGACUUCCCAGAAGAAAUUCUGCAGCAAAUCCUGGACUGCUGCCCCAGCGAGUGUCUUCUCGUAUCGCACGACUUGGCUGCGGCCGUUCGCCGGCGGCGACGCCUCCUUCGCCUUACCCACAUGAACGCCGCGGAGGUCCAGCCUCAGCACCUCCUUGCCGCCGUGAGAGGGUAUCCGCAGCUGCGGCUGCUGGAGGUCGUCGGCGUGCCUUCGCUUUCGGCGCGUUUCUUCGAGAGCUUCGCGAACAGCCGCAGCGCCUGUUUUCCUCAGCGACUACAAGUCCUCGUCCUGCAGAAGUGCCCCAAGCUCACGAGCCGGCUCUUCCGGGCGCUCACGACGAGACUUCAUCGCCUCCGAGCCGUUGACCUGCAAGACAACUGCUCGCUGAACUACUCCGCGGUUGCGCACCUGCGGCUACUCCCCAAGCUCGAGCGCGUUGCCCUGGGCGUCAGCUCCAGCAAUCCUCGGGGGACAUCCUCCCACUGCAACAUGACGCUGCGCGCGCUCCUGGGACCUCCCUCGGCGUCACCCGCUGCUGCCGCGCCGGCGGCUUCUGGACCUGCGCGCGGCGAGGCUGAGGACGCGCAGACAGCCUCGCGCAAGGCAGGUCCAGCCGCAGAGCGCGGAGAAGCCCCGAAGGGCGACUCGCUGCAGCACCCCGAAGCCGCGUCCAGCGACCUGCAACUUACCCAACACGGAGGAAACGCGAGUGAAUCCCAAGGCGCGCAACCUGCGCCGCCGCUCAAGCUCCUGUCCCUCUCGAGAUGCACCGCCCUCUCGUCGCUCGACCCGCUAAUUAACGUCGCCUCUACGCUGGAGUUUCUUGACCUGCGUGGAUGCACGGCCUUGACUGACACGAGCGCCGCUGUCCUCGGCUCGCUUGUGAACCUCCAGAUUCUUGUCCUCUCAGACACAGGCAUUACGUCGACGACAGUGGCGUUGAUUGCGGAGAACUGCCGGAAGCUAGAGAUGCUUGACUUGAGCAGAAUCGCCAAGCUCACGAAGGCCGCCGCGCUGCUGGUGCCGCUGCACUUGCUGCGACUCACGCGCCUAAAGCUCUCAAAAAACAGCGCGAUUGACGAGGAGUGCUUGCGCGACUGCCUGGUGCGGCUCAAGGCCCUAACACUGCUCGAUGUCUCGCACUGUUGGCGAGUCAGCUCCGGCUUCUGCGUCUCUCCGCCGCUUCCGCAAGUCCCUGAAGGAAUGGCUCUUCGGCGCCUCGGGCUCUUCGGCUGCAACGUCGAGCGACAGCGCGUGGAGGACGCCCUGCGCGACGCCGGCGCCUCCCGCGCGCAGCUCUGUCUCCAUCACGAACUGCCGAUGUUUGACCUCCCGUGUAUCUACGCCAACAUGUCCGACUUGGACCUCCGCUGCCGGAGAUUCAUCGAAGACUGA